ACGUUUACAGUAAAAGUUGUCACUAGUUACCGCAGCCACAAAGCGUUUAAGUCUUCAUUUAAGGUUAAGCAUAAGGUUAGCAGUGUGGUUAAGGUUAUGUUUAAAACCAGAUUUUUAAGAAAUUGAAGGAAUAGUCAGGGUUUAGUAAUAGUUAUGACUUUGUGGCUGUGGUAACUAGUGGCGACCGUAAAAGAGGGUGCCUGAUUUCUCGACCACUGAUGAUGACGCAACCACGGCUCUGCAGCCAUAGCAGCCAAACACGACGGCGUAAACAAAAACGGAUUCCAGAAAUAUUUUUCUCACUGAAGAGAUCUUCAUGAAGGAAUAUUACAUUUCCUUUUUUGAAAUAGGGUUGGGUUUACCUGAAACUUGUCCCAACAAAGCCAGCUGUACGUGAAACUAGCUACGGUCGCUAGCAGCGCCUAAACGCUGGCGUUAGCUAGCUGCAUUGUAUACUAGCUAGGUUAGCUAACUGACGUUAGCUAGUUAACUGUCUUGCCGCUAUCUUUUGCAGUUUGGGAAAAUACUAUACAUAAUAAUAGUUUGCUAGUGUAGUUUAGCAAGGAAACUUACCCGCUAAUGUUAUUAGCUAGUUCUAGCUAACGUUACAAGCGGGACAAUAUUUGUAUUGCUUUUAAAUAUUUUUUAAUGAAUUGUUAUCUUAUUAACACUUUGUUUUAGCUAGCUAUUUGUGUAGGUAGAUAUCAAGUAAAUACAAUGAUAUAGUUAAAGAAGCAACAAGUACACUCACUAGUACUGACAGUACUAGCUGUGUCGCUAGAGUUUUUAGUUUGACAAUCCAACGAUGUCUAAGAAUGGCACUUUUAUUGGCCCCUAGGCCUAACUCAUGCAGUUGUAUGAUGAUAAUGAGCUGAAAUGCCGACUGGAGGCAUUUGAUCCAUUCAGAAUCGCUGCUACAUGACUCGUUUCCGCCAUUUAUCUGCGUUUGGACAGCAAUGUUUAGUCUGAUGGCGAAUUGUUGCAACUGGUUGAAACGCUGGCGGCAGCCCGCAAGGAAAAUAACACUGGUGAUGGUCGGACUUGACAACGCCGGGAAGACUGCUACAGUACGCGGGAUCCAGGGAGAGAGCCCAGAGGACGUGGCCCCUACGGUAGGCUUCUCCAAGGUGGAUCUGAAGCAGGGGAAGUUUGAGGUCACCAUCUUUGACCUGGGCGGAGGGAAGAGAAUCAGGGGCAUCUGGAAGAACUACUACAGCGAGUCGUACGGGGUGGUGUUCGUGGUGGACUCCAGUGAUGUGCAGAGGAUCCAGGAGACCAGGGACACCAUGGCUGAGGUCCUACGACACCCUCGCAUCGCUGGGAAACCUGUCCUAGUAUUGGCUAACAAGCAGGAUCGGGACGGGGCAUUGGCUGAGGCAGACAUCAUCGAGAACCUGUCAUUGGAGAAGCUAGUGAACGAGAACAAGUGUCUCUGUCAGAUCGAGCCGUGUUCUGCUGUUCUGGGCCGUGGUAAGAAGGGGGACAAGUCCAUCAGGAACGGACUCAACUGGCUGCUCAACAACAUCGCUAAAGACUACGAAGCCAUCUCUGAACGCGUCCGGAAGGACACGGCCGAACAGAGGGCUCAGGAGGAACAGGAGAAGAAAGAGAGACAGGAGAGAGUACGGAGGAUACGGGAGGAGAGAGACCGUCAGGAGAGAGAGGAGGCGGAGAGGGAGGGUCGGACACUGCAGGAGGAGGAGGAGACCGACGACGUACCCAGCCCCUUCCAGCCAAUAGGCAACGUCAUCAAUGAGAAUGAAGACAAGCUGAAGAAGAGACAGACAGGAGGGCAGGGUGGGGGUGCCAACGAUGCCAGCGAAGGAGGGCAGGAAGAGGAAGAGGAGGAGGAGGAAGAGGACAGCGAGAGACAGACUCCAGAGAGCAGCGCAGUAUCAGUGGAGCAGACUAAGAAGAAGACUAGUAAACUGAGACUGAAGAGGAAACACAGAGUGGACCCUCUGAGGACGGAGGAAACAGCGGGCCCCGAGAGCCCCACACCUCCACCACUACCUGUGGGAUGGGCUACUCCCAUAAUGUCUCGGCUUCCCAAACUGGAGCCUCUUGGCGAUAGGAGCCGAUCUGAGUUCUUCGGCAAGCCCCUCCCCCCUGUGGCCAACCGCCAACAACGACCUAACAGCGACACUCAUGAUGUCAUAUCCUAGCCCCUCCCCUCCCGUGGCCAACCACCAACAACGACCUAACAGCGACGUUCAUGAUGUCAUAUCCUAGCCCCUCCCCUCCCGUGGCCAACCGCCAACAACGACCUAACGGCGACGUUCAUGAUGUCAUAUCCUAGCCCCUCCCCCCCCAUGGCCAACCGCCAACAACGACCUAACAGCGACGUUCAUGAUGUCAUAUCCUAGCCCCUCCCCCCCCGUGGCCAACCGCCAACAACGACCUAACAGCGACGUUCAUGAUGUCAUAUCCUAGCCCCUCCCCCCCCUGUGGCCAACCGCCAACAACGACCUAACGGCGACGUUCAUGAUGUCAUAUCCUAGCCCCUCCCCCCCCGUGGCCAACCGCCAACAACGACCUAACAGCGACGUUCAUGAUGUCAUAUCCUAGCCCCUCCCCCCCCGUGGCCAACCGCCAACAACGACCUAACAGCGACGUUCAUGAUGUCAUAUCCUAGCCCCUCCCCCCCCUGUGGCCAACCGCCAACAACGACCUAACGGCGACGUUCAUGAUGUCAUAUCCUAGCCCCUCCCCCCCCGUGGCCAACCGCCAACAACGACCUAACAGCGACGUUCAUGAUGUCAUAUCCUAGCCCCUCCCCCCCCUGUGGCCAACCGCCAACAACGACCUAACAGCGACGUUCAUGAUGUCAUAUCCUAGCCCCUCCCCCCCCUGUGGCCAACCGCCAACAACGACCUAACAGCGACGUUCAUGAUGUCAUAUCCUAGCCCCUCCCCCCCCUGUGGCCAACCGCCAACAACGACCUAACAGCGACGUUCAUGAUGUCAUAUCCUAGCCCCUCCCCUCCACCAGGCUACUCCUUCCUUACCUGAUUGGUUUUUCCAACCCCAAGCCCCACCUUCAAUUCAAACAACAUUAUUUGUCCUCUGAAGACAAUUAUAUUAGGCUUUGACCUGACCCCUUAUCUUUAUAUUAGGACCUGACCCCUUAUCUUUAUAUUAGGACCUGACCCCUUAUCUUUAUAUUAGGACCUGACCCCUUAUCUUUAUAUUAGGACCUGACCCCUUAUCUUUAUAUUAGGACCUGACCCCUUAUCUUUAUAUUAGGACCUGACCCCUUAUCUUUAUAUUAGGACCUGACCCCUUAUCUUUAUAUUAGGACCUGACCCCUUAUCUUUAUAUUAGGACCUGACCCCUUAUCUUUAUAUUAGGACCUGACCCCUUAUCUUUAUAUUAGGACCUGACCCCUUAUCUUUAUAUUAGGACCUGACCCCUUAUCUUUAUAUUAGGACCUGACCCCUUAUCUUUAUAUUAGGACCUGACCCCUUAUCUUUAUAUUAGGACCUGACCCCUUAUCUUUAUAUUAGGACCUGACCCCUUAUCUUUAUAUUAGGCUUUGACCUGACCCCUUAUCUUUAUAUUAGGCUUUGACCUGACCCCUCACCCCCAAAUCACAGUUUCUUUGGUUUCUUUUCAAAGUACGUGCUGUAUAGAGGUCUACAGACUUCACCAGCAGCAGAGAAGACGCUCCCAAGACCAAGGAACCGCCGCCACCGUCGUCCUCGAGCUCACAGGACUACGAUGGUGGAGCGGACUGGGUGGGCCCUGGAGAGAGACGGAGGAUGAACGGGUGGGCCCUGGGGAGAGACGGAGGAGGACUGGGUGGGCCCUGGGGAGAGACGGAGGAGGACUGGGUGGGCCCUGGGGAGAGACGGAGGAGGACUGGGUGGGCCCUGGAGAGAGACGGGGGAUGAUUG